UGCCAGUAUCCAAACCAGUGAGCCUGCCGUCUGAGAACCUGCCUUCCGUGGUUCAGCCUGGUGCCUUGGCACCCGCACUUCAGCCUGAUGUCUCUACCCAGCCUGAUGAUCCUACCACGCCUGAUGACCCAGUGUCCGCUGUCAUACCUGGUGACCCGAUGCCCGCUGUCGAGCCAGACGAUCCAAUGCCUGAUGAUCCAGUGCCCGCUGUCAUGCCUGGUGACCCGAUGCCCGCUGUCGAGCCAGACGAUCCAAUGCCUGAUGACCCAGUGCCCGCUGUCAUGCCUGUUGACCCGAUGCCCGCUGUCGAGCCAGACGAUGCAACGCCAGAUGACCCGGUGCCCGCUGUCGAUCCAGACGAUCCGGUACCUGAUGACCCGGUGCCCGCUGUCAUGCCUGGUGACCCGAUGCCCGCUGUUGAGCCAGACGAUCCAAUGCCUGAUGACCCAGUGCCCGCUGUCAUGCCUGGUGACCCGGAGCCCACUGUCGUGCCUGAUGAUGCAGUGCCCGCUGGCGAGCCAAAUGACCUGAUGCCUGGUGACCCGAUGCCCGCUGUCGUGCCUGAUGACCCGGUGCCGG